AUGACUCUGAAUAUCGACGUCUCAGGCCGCGACCUUUCGCUUCCCAAAUCUGUGGCUAAAUUGGGUGCGGCAGCUUGGAACGACCAGGAGGGCCUGUCUCAAGUGAGACACAUCCUGGACAAGAGCUGCAACGCCCGGACGGUGCAGGAGGCUUUGCAAGAGGUCCGAGGUUUUGCAAGCCUCGGGCACAAUUUGUGGGCCUAUGCAUACCUGCGGAUGCUGCACCACAAGGACUCCAACUUGUUCUACCGGACGCUGCUUGCUGAGCCGGCCUAUCUGAUGCCCAUUGUCUACACCCCGACAGUGGGUGAGGCCUGCCAGAAGUUCGGAACGUUGCCCUUUCUGCCCCGCGGUUGCUACGUGUCGCUGUCUGAUCGUGGAAACGUGAAGGCUGUCCUCAAAGAGUACGCUGAGGCUCAUCUGCCCAAAGACUCGACCGGCAAGCCACAAUGCCAGUGCAUUGUCUUUUCAGAUGGUGGCCGCAUUCUGGGCCUUGGUGAUCUGGGUACCUGGGGGAUGGGCAUUCCCAUUGGAAAAUUGGACCUGUAUACAGUUUGUGGCGGAUUUGAUCCUCACAGGACGAUCCCCGUGAUGAUCGAUGCCGGCUGCAGUGAUGCAAGCGGGAACUCUGCAAAGCUCACGAUCCGAGAUCACGACCUGUACACUGGGCUGAAGCAAAAUCGUGUAAAGCACACGUCCAAGCAGGGUACCGAGGUGAACACUGCCUACUACGGCCCAGAUUCCUUCAUUGGGGAGUUCAUGACUGCUGCAUCUGAACUCUUCGGACGAAGCUGCCUACUACAAUUCGAGGAUUUCAAUUCCAAUGAUGCCUUCCCACUUCUGGAGGAGUACCGAUCCAAGUUCCUGACAUACAAUGAUGACAUCCAGGGAACGGCUUCUGUGGCAGUGGCAGCGGUGCUGGGAGGCAUCAAGCUGAACAAGCCACUUUGCACCGAUCUCUUGCCAGAGCUGAAAGGUCUCCGCUUUCUGUUUCACGGGGCUGGCUCAGCCAAUCUCGGCAGCGCAAGCUUGAUGCUGAAGGAAGCUGGCGUCCCAGAAUCAUCAGUCCUCGUGACAAAUUCGAAGGGUGUCAUUUGGAAGUCUGCAGAUGGCAAGAAGGGCACCUUCAAGAACGACGAGCAAAAAGCAGUUGCCCGCGUGGGAGAGCCCAAGGGAUACGAUGCAACCAAUCUUGUCUCCAUUAUCAAGAACCACAAGCCUGAUGUCCUUGUGGGCGCGGUUGGCCGUGCACCAGGAUGCUUUACAAAGGAAGUGGUACAGGAAAUGGUGCAAGUGCAAGCUGCGAAGGGUGGAAAAUUCCGGCCCAUCAUCUUUGCCCUGUCCAAUCCCAUGACCCAAGCGGAGCUCACGGCCGAGGAUUGCUACACAUUUUCCGACGGCAAGGCGAUCUUCGGCUCUGGGACCAGGUUCGCACCGGUGACGGUGCAGGGCAAGACGCGCACGCCAGGCCAAGUCAACAACUUCUUCGUCUUCCCUGGCAUGUCCUUCGGAGCGAUGUGCUGUGAAGCGAGCCACAUCCCGGACGGACUCUUCAUGGAGGCUGCCGAGGCCGUGGCCAAUUCGCUGGACAAGGAGGACGUGGAGGCCGACUCCGUCCUACCGAGCACGGGGCGGAUCCGUGAGGUGGGUCACAACGUGGCGGUGAGGGUCGUUUUGGCAGCUCAGAAGGCCGGAAUUGCUCAGAAGAAGCUGGGGGACACAGCGGAGGCCGUGAGUUCGGAGAUUGCCGCGAAGAAGUGGGAGCCCGAAGCUGCAGGUGUUCCGAAGAUUGUCAUGGAAGAAGAGAGUGGUCCGAGCUGCUCAGCAUGCCGCGUUGCCUGA